UAUUCUGCGGGCGGCAGGCACUGCUUACUGGUGACUGCAGGAAGCUUAAUGGACACCAAACACCACUAAAGCGUGGAACCAAGCGUGGAACGAGUUUCCGUACAGUUUUCUUCAAUGAAGAAAAUCCCUAAAGGGUUCUUUCAGACGCCGCCUCCGAUUUUAUCAGUCAUUCAGGCAGGAAAUGUGGUGCAAGUGGUUAAUGCUGUUUGAACGCUGUUUAUGUAUCUACAAAUGAUCGAUGUUACUAUGGCAAUAAUAAUUUGACAAGUUGGAAAACACAAGCUUUACGUUCUAUGGUGUAUAUAUUUAUGUUCUAUGGUGUGUAUUUUUAACAAAAACAGCAAGACCCACAACAUGUGGGUGUAUUUAUGAAGCUCAGGAGAUAACGAAACCUUUCACAUAUAUACGGUAAAUUUUCUUCUCGGAAACCCAGUUUCUCCAUAAACUGUAGUAUUGUCAUGCACAACGAAAUGGACGCUCAUUACCAUUUAGUCAAACUACUGAAAGGUGGCACGAUUACCCGCAGUGCCGUGGCCGUUCCUUAUAGAACACCCGCUCCCCACGGUGGACGCCUUUCCCGUCCCGAAGACGGUGUCGGACUCACCGAGGCGGACCUCACCAAUCCCCCGGUGCUCGUUAAAUGCUUCGAAGCCGCCGAUAUCUUGCAGAUGCAGGCGCUGCAGCACAGCCUACAGCAAUUGCGCCAGCUGAAGCCACCACGGACCUUCGUGACCUAUACCGACGUCUUCUCAACAUACAAUGGUGUGAACAACAGCCUCCUGGUCUACGCUGUGCGCGAGUAUUAUGACACGGCGACGUUGGAGCAGCAUAUGGCGUGGAUGGCGAAUGGCAGUCAGAAAUACCCAGUGCAGUUAAUGGAUCGCUGGUUGAUGCAGAUGCUGUAUACGGUGGACUGGGCGCAUCAGCAUAAUUUAAUCUGGCUAAACCUUUCAGCCAGGAACAUCUUCCUGGUCAACGACAACCGCGACGUUCGUAUGGUGGAUUUCAUUCCCUCGGCUUUCCUACCAGAGACCGCGCGCUUAACUGCAUCAGCCAUGACGACUCCUAAAGGCGAACAUGUUUUCCGGUUAUUUCCACCGGAGAAAUGGAUCGAGACCACGGACUUCGAAGCGAUCGGCUACGUGAUUCUCCAGCUAAGCCUAGUCGGUCAUCCCGACUACGAACUCCUUCGCCUUUCCGUCCAACCCUACAGUUUACGCCAGCGCUGGGCGUUCCUAAUGGAAGCCGUAUGGGAAAACCACGGAUUCUGGUGGAUGCAGAUGAUCGAGAAGAUGCUGGGUGACGACUACGCCCCGCACCGCCAGGACAUCAUGAAGGAAUUAACUGGGAAAUUACAGGAGAUGACCCACCACGAUGAAGGCAGUGUCGAUUGGGGCAGUUCCAUGAAUGUGGUCCCAGAAGGCAGGCAUGAUGCCGCGCAGUGUAAGAAGCAUAAUCUCCCGGAGGCCGCGGUGCUGGUCAGCUGGAUCGAGCAGGCCUGGGAGUUCUUCCAGCACGGGAAUAUCAAUGAGUUUAACAAGAUCUGCAAUAGCAUGUUGAAGUCUGUGCCAGCCGAUCAUCAGGGUGCGCUGCGGCCGCAUCAUCUGCGGAUCCUGGAGAAGCUGUGCCGGGCGGCGGAUUCCGAAGGCGGUCGGUUCAGUCUGAUGGCGCUCUUGGCGGGAAUACUUUACGCUGAUAACGCAGAGAAGGCAGCGGCCGAAAUUACAUUCGACGACGCGUUGCUAUCGAUGCUUGGCCAACACCACAGAUCGCCCAAUGCAGUGUCCAUGCUGAGUACCGCGUUGGCCGAGGUUUAUUGCCCGAAGAAAAAGGAUUUAGCGCAACGCUUAGAACAGCUGUCACUCCUUUUCAAGACGGCUUUGGCAAAUCUUAAUAACUGGCCGGCAUUCUUCCCAACACUAAUGUGCCUUUUCCAAAAUGCAGUUCGUAUUCCCGUCUCGUUGUUAAACCGCACUCCGAUAAUUCCGCUGCUGAUGGUCACAAUGCAGCGGCACAUCGAUUUCCCUUGCGAAAUUUACCAGUGUCUGCGAUUUUUGCGGAUGAUCGUUCAUAAGAACACACUAGGCGCCCAGAUGCUAGUGCGAUUCCGAGUGGACAACGCAGUGUACAGUCCGGUCGAAGUCUUCUUGGCCUUGUUAAGAAAACAGGGCUGCCUGACGCAUAUUCACCGUGAAGUGCUGCUGAUUGCCGCGCAUAUAUGGGCCAUGCCGGAAUUCUUUGCGGUGAUGAUCAGCGAUGGGUGGUACAGAAUUUUCGGAAUUGUCUCCGGAUUGACCAGCGACCAGAAUGUGGUGCGUAUUAUUGAACAGUGCCUGGCGGAUCGGCAUUUGAUCCUCCUCAAUGGUAAACUGUUCCGCGUGUCAGAGAAUCCGUUUAUUCUGGGACUGCCUUAUAGUGAUGACACCGCAAAACCAACAGCUUGAUUAAAUGUUGAGAAAUGCUUGCUCAAGCAUCUACAGAAACGCAAGGUGUUUAUGGAGCAUAAUCGAGCGCUGAAGUAUUAUGUUCUUGAUUUUGGCGUCAAAGUGUGUGUAAACUACGGAAAUGAUCGAUCAAGUGAUCCCGCGAUUAGGCCCUGUGAAAGGCGUUGUAUAAAGAUCAACAAAACUUGUUGUACUGCAGUAUUUUGGUGUUACAACUGUCGCUA